UCUUUGUUUCAUCAUUUAAAGAUCAGACAGAGCUAUAACAAGUAAGAACAUAAUGGCAUGUCUUAGUGCUGUUUUUGGGGUCGUCUUGUUUUUGAUAGUUGUCGUUUCGUCGCAGCAAGAGCCACAAGUGCCUGCUUUCUUUAUUUUUGGCGAUUCGCUUGUUGAUAAUGGUAACAACAAUGGUAUACUCACUCUUGCUAGAGCCAAUUACAGGCCUUAUGGCAUUGAUUUUCCUCAAGGCACCACUGGUAGAUUUACCAAUGGCCGUACUUAUGUCGAUGCAUUAGCUCAACUUCUAGGAUUCCCCACCUACAUUCCUCCAUAUGCAAGAACACGUGGACGUGCAUUGCUCAGGGGAGUGAAUUAUGCUUCAGGAGCUGCAGGAAUCCGUGAUGAAACCGGGAACAACUUGGGAGAUCAUAUGCCGAUGACCCAACAAGUGGCUAGUUUUGGAAGAACAGUGGAGCAGAUAUCUAGGUUUUUCAGGGGAGAUGCAAAUGCACUAGCAAAUUACUUGAGCAAGUGCAUAUUCUAUUCCGGCAUGGGAAGUAAUGAUUAUCUCAACAAUUACUUCAUGCCAGAUUUCUAUUCAACUGGCUCACAAUACUCAACAAAAGCAUAUGCAGCUUUACUUCUUCAGGACUAUUCUAGGCAGCUAACGGACUUGUAUAAAUUUGGAGCACGCAAGGUGAUCGUGACAGCAGUUGGGCAAAUUGGAUGCAUACCGUAUCAGCUAGCUAGAAUAAAUGGAAAUAGCAGUACCAAAUGCAAUGAAAAAAUCAAUAGUGCUAUAAUGCUAUUUAACAAUGGUCUGAAGAACCUGGUUGACAAUUUCAAUAACGGUCAGUUGCCUGGAGCAAAGUUUGUGUUUCUGGAUUCAUUUGAAAGCUCCAAAAAUGUUGUGGCCAAUGCUGCCAACUAUGGAUUCGAAGUGACUGACAAGGGAUGCUGUGGUGUGGGAAGGAACAAUGGCCAGAUAACAUGCCUACCCCUACAACAACCAUGUGAUCAACGCUCCAAGUACAUAUUUUGGGACGCUUUUCAUCCGACUGAGGCUGCCAACAUUGUGUUUGCAAGAAUAUCCUAUGAAACCACAUCGCGGUCUUAUGCUUACCCAAUCAACAUACGUCAGCUAGCCAUGCUCUAAGCCCGGAAACAAAUUUAUCUUGGGCACUUACAGCUGUUGAUUCAUUCCUUUAAAGUUGCUCCAUUUGUUACCCUUAAUGCUUACACUUCCUGGUUUUAUGUUGCUGUUCUGCAUUUGUACUCCCUCAGCUUGUUUGCAGUAGUUUCAAUUUGUCACGGACUACCAGACCAAAAUAAGAUUUCAUAGUUGCAUGUAAUCAUUAAAAUUGGCUGUUCAGAAUUUUUUUUACUA